AUGAUGGCAUCACAUCUCGGAGCCAGUCCAGCCAGUUCCAGGAGAGUGCACUGUGGACCUCUCUCCCUUCCAAGUGGAGGUGCCCCUGAUUCUCCCCGGCUGCCAUGUGCCAUCAUCAACGGAAUGAAUGGUGUCGCUGGCACUAAACCGUACCAUCUGCCUGCAGUGGGAGGGGUCCCACACUCGGAUCAUGGGUACCUUUGCCCAGGCUCAACAGUCAACCUGGUGGACAACAUGGACAAGUUUGAGAUUGACACACAUUCAGCUAUGGCCUGGGCUUUCUCCAAGCUGGACAAUUCCAAUGUGCCUCAAUGGAAAGAGCUGGGUGCAAAGGGGAAAGUGAAAUUCAUUCUGAGCUCCAUGAUGAAGAUGUUGCUGCUAUUUAGCUUUCUCUACAUGUUCGUGUGCUCCCUUGAUGUCCUCAGUGCAGCUUUCCAACUUGCUGGAGGCAAGGUGGCUGGUGACAUUUUUAAAGACAACGCAAUCCUGUCUAAUCCUGUGGCUGGGCUUGUGGUGGGGAUCUUGGUCACUGUCUUGGUGCAAAGCUCAAGUACAUCAACAUCCAUCAUUGUCAGCAUGGUGUCAUCAGGAUUACUAGGAGUGCGUUCUGCAAUUCCUAUCAUCAUGGGAUCUAACAUUGGAACCUCCGUAACCAACACUAUUGUAGCCCUAAUGCAAGCUGGAGACAGAAAUGAAUUCAAACGGGCCUUUGCAGGUGCGACAGUUCAUGAUUGCUUCAACUGGCUUUCUGUGCUGGUGCUGCUUCCGAUCGAGGCAGCCAGCGGCUUCUUAUAUCGACUCACCAAGGUUGUGGUGGGCAGCUUCAAGAUCCAGACAGGGAAGGAUGCUCCAAACCUGCUUGGUAUCAUUACCGAUCCAUUCACCGACCACAUUAUACAGCUUGAUAAAUCUGUCAUCACUGCAAUAGCGAUUGGGGAUGAAAGUUUUCGAAACAAGAGUCUCGUGAAGAUUUGGUGCAUCAAAAGGACUGUUCAACUACAGGACAACAUCACUGUGGAAAGUCUAGAGAAGUGCUCAUCACCUGAAUCAUGCUGGCAAGACAAGAAUUCUACUUGGACUUUAGUCAACAGAACAUAUGAAGAAAACUUUGAGAAAUGUAACCAUUUGUUUGUGAACUCCACUAUGUCUGAUCUAGUGGUGGGCCUGAUCCUAUUGGCUGGUUCGCUGGUGGUUCUCUGCACAUGCCUGGUCCUGAUCGUCAAGUUGUUGAAUGCUAUGCUGAGGGGACAAGUUGCUAAAGCCAUCAAAAACGUCAUUAACACUGAUUUCCCAUAUCCAUUUGGUUGGUUGGCAGGGUAUCUUGCCAUGAUGGUGGGAGCUGGCAUUACAUUCGUUGUCCAAAGCAGCUCAGUGUUCACUUCAGCCAUCACUCCCCUCAUUGGUAUUGGAGUGAUCAGCAUUGAGCGUGCCUACCCUUUGACCCUGGGAUCCAAUAUUGGCACUACCACCACUGCAGUCUUGGCAGCUUUGGCCAGUCCAGGUGACAUGUUACCAAGUGCUUUCCAGAUCGCCCUUUCCCAUUUCUUUUUCAACAUUGCUGGGAUUAUACUGUGGUACCCACUUCCGAUUACUCGUUUUCCUAUCCGCAUGGCAAAGACCUUGGGAGAACGAACUGCCAAGUACCGCUGGUUUGCUGUCUUGUACCUGAUCAUCUGCUUCCUUCUGCUCCCCUCGCUGAUCUUUGGCCUAUCCAUGGCUGGUUGGGAGGUCCUUAUUGGAGUGGGUGCCCCCUUUGUGGGCAUCCUUGUCUUCAUAGGCAUCACCAAUGUAUUGCAAACGCGUAGGCCCAGUUACCUGCCCAAGAAGCUCCAGUCGUGGGACUUCCUCCCCAUCUGGAUGCACUCCCUGAAGCCAAUGGACCGGGUCAUAACCAACGCUGCCCUCUGCUGCACAGACCACUGCAUUUGUUCCGACAAAACUGAGAACCAGGAGGUCGCAAGCUGCAGUGAGAAAUCUCCACAGCUGAAGGUGAAGGCUGCCUGCGACAACCCACCCAUCACCUACUCGGAGGAAAUUUCAGUCGGUGCUGCCUCUCCCAUAUUGAACAGGUUGCCCGUGCUGGACAUCACACAGCUGUAAGACCCUGUUGUGGUUUCCUCUUGUUUCCUUGACAUUUUUUUUCAAAGAUUGCAGAGUUCUUCUUUCUUCCUCCUUUUCCCCCCACUCCCACCACCUCAAAGCCUUUCGGCUCUGUCCCCAGGCCCUACAACUUGAACAGUGCGGGUAUGGUUCUGACCGGGUUUGGGCACCACUGUAUCUUCUGCAACUGGAUGGUGUGAAGAGCUGUUGUUGGGAGAAGCCCACAAAUGUUAGUUGAGUGAUUCUAACUGCAACACAUCCUGACAGUCUCCCCCUACGUACAGCCAACUAACAGAAAGAUGUUAGAGCCUGUUCGAGUUGAAUGGGGUAAAAAUGCUGGACGGAGGAACAUGGUGUGAAGCCACUGAUUAUCCAUUAAUUUGGGUUUUUAACUCUGGUUGGCCACAAUUCUGUAGGCUUUAUUAAAUGAACUACUGUCCCACCCAUUCACACAGAUCCCCACCCCACCUUCUAUACUGUAUCAUGUCUAAUAUCUUUUAGCCUGAUUUUUAAAGAAAAUGAAGAGAAUGAAAGAAAACAAACACUAUCUAGCCUUUCUUUCCUGGGUUGCUCCACGAAAUGGCCAGUAGCUUGAUCUUUAAUUGCAAAGCAAUCUUGGAGUUUUGUGCUUUUAAUAUUAGAAAGCAGGAAAGCAGCAUUAUUGAUUGCAGUAGGUAGGAAUUCUACACCUUAAUGCCUUAGAAUUCAAUUUCAAAACUGUAGAGACAAUACUACAGCGGAUCACUUGGGAAUAUCAGUUACCAGGCUCACUUAGGUCACAUCACUCUGCUAGAAAAAGAUAAGCAGGUUUUAUCUCCAAGCUACUUCUUUAUACUCAUUUCCAGAGACACAUUGUGGCCUUAUCUAUCACUCCCACGCUCUUAAAGUACAUUGCAGGGUGUGAAAACUCCCCUUCAACAUUAAUGGCCCAUAGUAUUUGCGAGCCAUGAUGAAUCUGCAUAAUUGUUUCAGAGAUAGUAGGAACUGCAGAUGCUGGAGAAUCUGAGAUAACAAGGUAUAGAGCUGUCAGCAUCAGAGGAGCAGGAAGGCUGACAUUUCGGGCCCAGACCCUUCUGUCCAUUCUUGCUUUCCAUGGUUUGUACCGACUUUAUUUGAUUAGCUCGAUACCCCAGAAAUUUCCCAAGUAAGGACAUAUUAAGAAUCAUUCAGAUUUGAAAUUGCAACUGGCGUUCACCUUAGAGCUCCUCUUAAGAGUUCUCAUGCUACAAUCCAAGCCAACUAAAGCGUAGUCAUGCAGAGGUACAGAACUUGAAUAUUACUGGAAAAAAAGACAGAUACUCAUCAGGAAAAUAAACAUCAAUGCAAAGCAUUUUUGCAUCGUGCACUUUUAUUCCUACUUACCCUAAUCCAUCAGGUUUAUUUUGGAUCUUAAUUAGCCAAGGCAAUUCUAACAAUGGGACAUAUCCUAUGCUAUUUAUUAAAACAAACUACACCACAAAAUAAUGCAAAAGCAUUUUAUCCAUAUAAUGCUUCCAAUUAUGAGUAUACCUAUUUACAUACACAUGAUUGAGGAUCAGACUGAGAUCCAACCGUCCUGUCUCAACUUCCAGUCAUUGAUCAGACAACCUUUUCUGUUAGCUAACUACACUCUGAGGCAAGUCUUCUUUAUAUCUUUUAAUUAACAAAUUAUCAAACUGACCACUGGCAAACAUCACAAACGUGGCAUCUCCCAUGGCUGAGUUAAUUAAUUUAUUCAUUAAGACUUGCUCAUUUCUUCUUGGAAAGAAGUUUAUCUCUUGGUUGUUACAAAUUCAGGCCUCAACCUUAGCUUAGUUAUGCUGUUAUCACCUUUAUGUCAUCUAAUUAACCAUGUGAUAUUUAUAAAGCACAAUUUUAUGAUCAAGUACUCUGUGUUCAUAGAAUCCCUACAGUGUGGAAGCAGGCCAUUCGGCCCAUUGAGUCCACAUUGACCCUUUGAAGAGCAUCCCACUCAGACCCACGCCUCCACCCUAUCCCUGUGACUCUAUAUUGCCCAUAGCUAAUCAAUCUCACCUGAACAUCUUUGGAACAUGGUAGGAAACUGGAGCAUCCAAAGGAAACCCAUGCAGACACGGGGAGAAUGUGCUAACACCACACAAACAGUCACCCGAGACUGGAAUCGAACCUGGGCCCCUGCCACUUCAAGCCACUGAUCCACUGUGCUGUCCAAAAUGUUAACUGAUAAAUUGUCCACAUUAUUACAUCUAAUGACCUAGUCUGUUUCAAAACAUGACUCCAGAGACUGUGACUGUUCAGGCCAUUACUGUUGAGUUUCAGCACUUAAUUAAACACAUACACACAAAUUCUUUCAGAUGCAGAAACAUUAAACCACUGACCUUUCUAAUCAUUAGGUCAUCACCAGCCUUCAUAUGCUUUUUCCUUCUAAUUUGAAUUCAGCUAAUCUAACAAAUUUUGAGUUAAUAUCUCCAGUAUCUUUUCAGAACAGAGUGAUAAAUUGUCAGCAAUUGGACUUUAAUUAAUAGAGGCAUUACCAUGGAGGAUCCAUGAGUUUGGUGAUGACUGCCAAGUUUUGAUUAAAUUUUAAUCAGGCAAGUUGGUUGUGAUGGGUGAAGUAACUGCCCUGAGAAAUGAAGCAGAGAAUGGUUGCCAUAUGUUUUGUUGAGUUGAAACAGGAACAUUUUGUGCUUUGAUAUUUCUUCUGAAUUGUCCUGAUGAGUCAAGACAAAAAAUUUCAACAAAAAUUUUGUCUGUUUUUCAGCAAUAUUCAAAUUAAAAAGUAGUGAUCUAUAUUCAUUUGUACUAGUGCUCUGAGAAUCCCAUUUAAUGAUACUAAGGUAGGCAAACAUAUUUCACUACAAACUCUAUAACCACACUUGUAAUACCAUUCCACAUAGAAUUACAAGAAUAACUUGGAUGUUUAAACAAUGUUGUGUGAUGUCAAUGUACCAUGAAUAAUCUGUAAAUGAUCUAUGAUUUAAUAUAUAGAUGGAAUUCCAUUUUCCUUUAAUAUUAGUUGAGGUAUUGGGGACAAAAUUUAUAUUGGCAGACUCUACAAAACAGGCCAUAGCAAAAUCAGCAGCUUGUUUUAUACACAACCCAAUUUUCUGUUCAAUUAUAUUCAACGGCCUAGAUGUCAGAUGGGUUGCUGAUUCAUGAUGGUCUUGCUCUGAAGUACUUCUGCAUUGCACUGCUAUCCCCAUUGCUUUAUCCACUUCAUUAGUCCUCAAUGGAUGAACACAUUUCACACAUAAGAGUUUAAGUCAUGUCACAUGGUGCAAUCCAAGAGUGCUCAGAUGUUUACAAGCAAGUUGACCAGCAAUCGAUCAAUCACAGAGGUUAUAACCCAUAGUAAUGGUCGGAGGAAAAGCAGUCUCUUAUUCAAUGGAGGAAAGAAAAUUGAGGUUUCAUGCUGUGAGGCUCCACUUUUAGUUUAAAGCCUGAGUUUAACCCGGACAAUCAGAAGGGCCUGAUUCAUGGUGCUGCCAAAUGUCCCACUUAGUGGAAUUUUAGGGGAACUGUGGAUCGGAUAUGCCAACUUAUUCAUUUGAAUCUCCAGUCUAUUAAUAUGGGUCACUUCUUGGGCUCCUGCAGUCAUAACAAAUUUAAUGUCUGUUGCCCUAAGUGAAAUCCUGUCUUUCUUAGAGUAUUUUGCAGUCUUCGGAAAAUGUUGAGGACAGUAAACGCUUCCUUAACGUUCGCCUUUCCUUGGCGAAAUUGGAUUAAGCAUUGCUGUUCUCGUAGCCUGUUUGAAUUUAUUGUUAUGUUGUGGACAUAUUUUUUACUUAAUACAGAUGUAGAAGCUUUUACUUGAA